AUGUCUGUCAACGACCCAGGCUACGGGGUGGCUUCGGCCUACCCUUCCCUUUCGGAUUCGGGAUCCAUUGAGUCGUACGCUCUGCCUAAUUCCUCAUUCGUUUCCAGUUCUGCGAAUUCCCAAGAUGGGCAUUCGCAUGCUUCUCCUGCUUCUCAGAUUUUGGGGUCCGUUGCGACAUCUCAGUCCAGCCCUGCAACAUCCCAGAGUGAUGCUGUCCUGGGUCGUGUUGAGUCGUCUCGUGUGGAAAAGCGCAGACUCAAUACACUUGCGGCUCGGAGGUGUCGUCAGCGGCGCGUUGACCAGACAAAGAAUCUUGAGGAGGAACUAGAACGAAUGCGGAAGGAACGCGAUGAGCUGAGGCUCAAGGUAUCGAAGCUGGAAGGGGAAACGGAGGCUUUGAAAGGGCUUCUUGCUCGUAAAAGCAACUGA